AUGGAACCGGACGUGACCGACGGAAUUCCGCCGCUGCAGUCGGACUCGUCGCCACCGCCGGAUCAGAUCACCGACGCGCAGCUCCAGAGCGAGCUCGACGCGCGCACACAAAGCAUAGCCCAAGGGCCGGAGUUCACUGACACGCCACGCAUCUGCUACGAGUACUCUGUGACGGGAGGCUCGUUUGUCGACGAGCUGGAGGAGUGGUACAGCUACAAGGACGGCGUGGAAAGCGGGCUGAGGACCUGGGAUGGUGAUGACGUGGCCCAGAGCCUGGGACCAGACGGAUACCUGGAAUGUGUGGUGAAGACCGGACCUGGUCCUCUGAGUCUUCCUCAGCUCAGCUGUCUGCUGUAUAUUGCUCAGGGAUUGUUUGCAGACUCGAUUGGCAUCCGAGAUCACAUUCAGCGACUACAUUCCGGUAGUGAUAUGUUGAUUAACGGAAGUGUGGUGACGCGCGUCAUUGACACCCUCUCCUCCCGUCUGGACGACUUGCUGGGCGAUCUGGUGGCCAUGGUGGCAUCCAAGGCCACCUACUACGACCCCGUUGUCGCCACAUGUCUCACUAUCCUCUACCAUAUCACACUGUCAUCUCUGGAACGUCACAAACCCGUGCCUGGGGUUUCGGAGUUGCCUGCAAAACUCAUUGCCACCAUCGCGCGCAUGCGUUACGGCGGCCAGGACGUGGUAUCGCUCAAACAGCUGCAUUUACUGCUGUGGAAGGUGCUUGUGCUCGAAUUGGGAGACCAAAAAGCCCUGGAAGACACAUCAAGAGCCCAGCGACAGAAGUACGACAUUCCCGAGGAGGAUCCGGCGCUGCCAAUUGUUACGGCGUCCCCUAUCGACUACGAAGCGUUCAGGCAGGACGUGACAGCUCGGUAUCCAUCUUUUGUGCCCCCCAAAUCGAUUAUUCCACCCGAGAUUGACACGCAACAGUCUCUAUCCUCGUUCGUUCACGUGCCGCGGCCUCUCAACGAGCAGCAGAGCAAUACCCAACUCCCUGCGCCCCAGGUGCACCUUGCGACACCCGCUCCUUCUCCUCCUCUGACUCCAGCAACGACUACAGCCAAAGGACAAAAGGUGAAACGGUCCGUGUACCAGAAGAACCAGUCGUUUCCGUUUCUGUUCCCCUCGGAUGACGGAGACACGGUACCGGAGAGUAUCAAGGAGGCUGUUGAGCUGUUCAGUAGCCGUGUCAGAACAGACGUGGCCACCAAACAGCUCUGGGAGGUGCGCAAGGAGUUUAUGCGUCAAGAACGGGGCUGGUUGACGGUCGACGAGAUGAUUGGAGAGUUAUCGCUGGACUGUUCACAGGCGACACCUCUGGAAAAGAUUGAAAGCAUUUACUCGUCUUCUCUCGAGCAUCUCAACUCGUUUGUGGCGGUCUCUCUCAAGUUUCUGCUGGCCAACAUUGUCUUUUUCGCGGAUGGAGAAGGCGAGUUUGAUGGAGAUCAAUUGGAGUACAUUCGCAACUCGGAAAUCUCGCUCAAGGCAGUUUCCAGCGUUAUUGUGCUGCUGACCAAGUGGUUCAGGGUGAAUCACGUGAUGCAGUUUGAGCAUUUCGCCACACUGCUGUUCGACACGCGGUUCUUCCUACUAGUCUACCGCUUCUUUUACGCCCACGAUACGCUGGAGGCUUCGCUGCGACGAACCGAGGUCAGAAGCAAGGGGUUCUUCUACAAAAGCAUGAUGCUUAGUCAGAAUCCCGACGCACGGGACUUUGACCAGGUCUUUCCCAUUCUCACUCCCGUGUCUCCCAACACAGCCCACAAUGUCAAACAGGUGACCGUUUUCAAUCAGCGGUACAUUCAGACAGCGAUUAAUUUGGUGAAGACGCUGAGAAUGAUUGUUUCGAAGAAGACACAGCGAAUCAUUGUGGUUGCGGAGCUGCCCAGCGAUACGUUGAAGAAGGCUCUUGCUAUUCGACAGCCCGAUCUCAACAAGGCGGUUUGGAACCUGUUCAAAGAGCAGAUCCCCUUCAAUGGCCGGAAAUGGAAGUACGCCAACAUGGAUAUCAUCUCGCACAUUUAUCUCAAUUGCAAGUUAGAUCUGAGAGAUGAUUGGUUGGUGGGCACCAGUGUCACCUCCGAGGUCGAUGAUGCCUACCCACAGGAGGUGGCGCUACGUGCUUUGGUACAGUUUUUCAAUACGCUGAGGUAUCCCAAGCAGAUGGAAAAGUUGGGGUUUGUGAGGAAGAAUGCUGACUUUUUUGCUGCCGAGGACGACUAG